UGUGUUUAUAACAAAAAGACUUGUAGGUGCUGCAGCGUGUUGGCGCACAAGAAGACAAAAAGGACAAACAAGUUCUUCCAGAUAGAGACAAGAACUGAAGCCAAAGCAGAGAACAUGGACCUGAAGAAAAUGCUCUCGUCGGAGCUGGGCCAGCGGGCGCCGAAAGACGUCCAGGAGCUGGUUCUGGAUAACUGUCGUGCCAGUAAUGGAAAGGUUGAAGGCAUCACAGAAGAGUUCUGCAAUCUAGAGACUCUGAGUCUCAUCAACGUGGGCCUGACCAGUGUUGCAGACAUCCCCAAACUGGACAAACUCAAAAAGUUGGAACUGAGUGACAACAGCAUAUCAGGCGGUCUGGAGGUUUUGGCAGAGCGUCUGAAAAACUUGACACAUCUUCACCUUAGCGGCAACAAGUUUAAAGACAUUAGCACGCUAGAGCCACUGAAAAAUCUGCCUCAGCUGAAAAGUUUGGACCUUUUCAACUGUGAGGUGACUAACCUGGCCGACUACAGGGAGUCCAUCUUCAAGCUCCUCCCCAACCUCACCUAUCUGGAUGGCUUUGACAUUGACAAUGGCGAGGCUUCUGACUCGGAGGGCGAUGUGGACGGGGCGGAAGACGACGAAGAUGGCGACACGGAAGACUUUGAGGAAGAGGAGGAGGACGACGAUGAGGACGUGGUGGCUGAAGAGGAUGACGAUGACGACGAAGAUGACGACAGCGCCGAUGAAGAGGAUGGACAUGUAAACGGAGAUGUUGACAGCGAGGAAGAUGUGGAUGAUGAAGAGGAUGAGGAGGACGACGACGACGAGGAUUCGUCUCCGGCCAAGGGAGACAAGCGAAAGAGGGACCCUGAAGAUGAGGGCGAUGAAGAAGAUUAAUUCCUAUCUGUCCAUCCUGUUGUCACCUCCCUCUCGGCCAACUUCUGGGCUGCAUUCCAUUUUUCUAACUGGUACCCCACUUUUUUAAAACCCCAAACUUUAUUUGACACCUGCACGUUGUCGUAUGAUCAAGCGUUUGUGAUGACAUCAUCACAAGAGUUUCUCAGGACUUGAAGUUCAUCAAUCACAAUAUUACAAAUGCCACUUUUUAGAUUUUGCCAAGACAAAUGAAUUAUUAUGCAAUGCCAGAGGUCAGCGCACCCUGACCCCCAACCCCCUCCUCCUGCUAUUAUGUCAACUGUGCCCCCUCCCCCCCCCAGCAGGCCGAGCGCUCAGGGCAUAAAAAUGUUUUGUUUUGUUUUUUUUUCCUUGCCAAAACAGCUUUUAAAAAGAUCUUUGUGUUUUCUGAGAAUGGUUUCAUUUUGUUGUUUGGGGGGCUCUUUUCACCUCUCUGCCCUCUUUGCCGUUUACACUGACUAUUUUUUUUUCUUUCUUUUUUUUUUACUUUCUGUAAGUUAAAGGAAAAACUACCAAAAAAAUACAAAAAGGACUUUGUAAAUAAAAUCUUAACAUUUUG